AUGAGCAAAGUGGUAUUCGUCGGAAAUGUGCCAUACAACAUGGCGGAAGAGCAAUUGAUUGACGUCUUCAAGAGUGUUGGUCAAGUUGUAGGACUCAGACUUGUAUUUGACCGUGACACUGGCAAGCCGAAAGGGUACGGCUUCUGUGAGUUCGCAGACCACGAAACUGCAUCCUCUGCAGUGCGCAAUCUCAACGGCUAUGAGGUCGGCGGUCGCCCCCUUCGAAUCGACCUUGCGGACUCGGACCCAUUCCUAGAGGGCAAGACAACAGUGCACGGCGAGAUUGUGGACGGCGGUGAGACUCGUGCGCAGUGGCGCGAGCGACAUGAGCGUGAGCGGAGGGACCGCGAGAGAGACCACGACCGGUACAGUCGUAGCAACGACCCGAACGCAUUCCUCGCGAACCUGCCCAAAGGCGUCCCUCUACCCCCCGGAUCCAACGCUUCGGACGCGAUCAGUCAUGUGCUGGCGACGACAGACCCGAGCCGGAUUUUGGAGGUCCUGGCGCAGAUGAAGGCUUUCGUUAUCACCCACCCAGAGCAGGCAAGGGCCCUCCUCGCCUCGCAACCCCAGCUCGGAUAUGCGCUCUUCCAGGCGCUGCUCCUCCACAAAAUCGUCGACCCAGCAAUUCUAAAUGUUUCGCAUGCUCGCUGCUACUGGGGCCGUCGUCCCUCCGCCCGCCCCCCUCAAGCCCCCACUCCAGCCCCGUACGCUCCGCCACCCAACAUGUACGGCAUCCCUCCCCCUGUGCCCGCACAGCACCAGAUGCCCCCGCCCAACAUGUACGCGCAGCCGUCCCCACAGAUGCCACCUCCGCCCACCGGCCCUGCGGGCUACUACCGGCCCCCGCCGUCGCUGGUUCCACCUGUACCGGUGCACGCGCAACAACUCCCACAGCAGCCUCCGCCGAACAUGUAUGCUCAACCACCCCCGCCAGUGCCCGCUGCUCCCGCCGCUGCUCCCGACCUUGGUCAACAACAGAGGGAUAUGCUCAUGCAGGUGCUCAGCUUGACCCCCGAACAGCUCAACGGGCUCCCACCUAAAGAGCGCGACCAGAUCAUGCAACUACGGCGACAAUUUGGUGUGCAAGCGUGA